AUGCAAGCAGCUGAAGCUGCUGGAUACAUUAAAGCAGAAACAGAAUGGGAAGAAUGUCUUAGAAGCGCUGCAACUACACAAAUGCCAUCAUCUAUUCGUCGACUUUAUGCCCAAACCUUACUAUACUGUCAUCCAACAAAUCCCACACAUCUUUGGAAUCUUUUCAGAGCACAAAUGCGCACGCGGUCUCGUAUGGCACAGGAAUCUGAUUAUAUGCUUGAUCUGCUUUCAAUAAGGCAUAUCAAAACAAUACUGUUGAGCAAUGGCUCAUCUUUGGAAGAUUGUGGAUUGGGAUUAAUUGAAAACAGUUUGGUUCGCGAAUGCGGCAAUGAUGCAGUUAACGCAGCGCAAGAGCGUAUUGUUAACGCUAUUGUGGAAGCAUCCAGGCUACCUAAAGGAACCGGAAACAAGCUCUAUUUUAUAGAUGGGAAAGCAGGAUGUGGAAAGACUCAUACGCUUAACACUUUAAUCAAUUUGCUGGAAGCUGAAGGAAAGCGUGUUUUGGCAACGGCCUCUACGGGAAUAGCUGCCACUUUGUUGAAACAUGAGUAG